AUGUCCUCCAACGUCGGUCUCACAACCCCGCGCGGCAGCGGCACAUCAGGCUACGUGCAGCGCAAUUCCGCCCUCCUCAAACCACGCAACACAGGCUACGGCGCCCCCUACCCACCCAUCAGCGGUGCGAAUGGCAGCGGGCCAAUGGACCGACCAUUCAAGCAGCGGAUGCCGGACAAGCAGAUCCUGGAGCACGACCGCAAGCGCGCAAUCGAGGUGAAAGUGAUGGAAGAGCGGGAACGACUGGAAGAGGAUAAUGAGCGGAUUGAAGAAGAGGCCGAUAAGAAGAAGAAGAGCGGUGCUAAGAAUGAAGAUGGCGAGGAUGGCGAGGAAGAGAAGGUUCUCAGUGAAGAGGAGAUUGAUGAGCGUUGUGAUACUCUUCGACAGCGGUUGCUGAAGGAGCUUGAGGAGGAUUUGGAGCGGGGGGAGUCUGGCUUCAAGAAGCCUUCUGGACCUGGGGCUGCGGCUAGGGAUAGACGCAAUCUUAAGGCUUAUCAGGUUCAUGAGCUUGCUGAGGCGAAGAUCGAGGAGACGGAGAGGUUGCGCAGGGCUUUUGGGUUGAGGGAGGAUCGGGAGACUGGGGAGAUUUCUAGUUCUCGUGAUUAUCGGGAGAGGAGGAGGGAUUAG